GCGCAGGGACGGGGCGUGGCUUCUUCCCAGGCAAUCCGGAGCUGAUGUUGAUGCUGCUGUUAGUGGGCGCCCUCCGCUGCAGCCGGCGGCUGGCCGGGGCUCAGGCUGCAGCAGCAGCAGCAGGGGCCGGGCGCUCGCCCGGGAAGGAAUGCAUCUAUCUAUUCGGGCACUCACACAAUAGUGGGACUGCAGUGCUUUUGCACAGAUCCCAUCACAAGUACUUAGUUAACAUGUGGAGGUUUCCUGCAAUGCUGAUGGUCGAUGGACGGCGGUACAUGCACGCAGAUGCACAGGGCAAUGGUUCCAAAAAUGCUACUUCCCUGAUGGACAAGGAGCCUGACUCCAAGGAAGAGGCUGCUUCUUCAGAGGACAAAGAUUCUGCUUUUGCCAUCCCUCCAACACUUCUCCCCCCCACAAACUGUUGCAUGAGUGGAUGCCACAACUGUGUGUGGAUUGCAUACACUGAAGAGCUUCUGAAGUAUUACCAGGACGGUGGAGAACAGGCAUUAGCAGCUGUGGACAAACACAUACAGGAUGAGAAUAUAAAAACGAUCUUAAAGAUGGAGAUCAGAUUCCGAAUGAAAAAAGACUGAAACCUUUUUAGAAGAAAACAACAACACUGUCACAGCUACAUACCUCAUGCCUGGUCUUGGGCCAUAACAGAUUCUGAAGGAAAAAUCUAUCCUGAUUAUUUAUUCUCCCUUUUCUGAAGUAGAAGGGGCAAUUCUAAUUUUAAACAGGAGUCCCAGUAUUAUUAAGCCUAUCGGGAUGAUAUGCAGUCCUAAUAUUCAGUUAAAUUUAAACUACCUGUUCUUAAAAAGAUGUCCUUAUCCUGUAUCCUAUGAUGACUAUUAUGUUUAACUGUAUUUAUUAUUUAAUAAUG